CCUUCUCAUCAUAAAGUGCAUUUUGAGGAAAAGAUGAAGGAAGGUAGAAAAACCCCAAAUACAGGUGUAGACACAAAGGACUAAGCCACAGAGUACUGUGAGGAAAGAUCAGGGGUUGUCUAUGGUGCCCAUACAGGGGCUUUCAUGUCUUCCAGCUUAUCUGCACAGAUGCCUCAGUUGCUGCAGAACAUUCAUGGGAUCAUUGAAGCCUUCGGAUGCUAUGCCAGGUCAGAGGGUGGCUGCAAAGUGCUCACUCGGGGGGAGCUGAAGAGGCUCUUGGAACAUGAGCUUGCUGACGUCAUAGUGAAUCCCCAUGAUCCCUCCACAGUGGAUGAAGUCCUGCGCCUGUUGGAUGAAGAUAACACAGGGACUGUAGAGUUCAAGGAAUUCCUGGUCUUAGUGUUUAAAGUUGCUCGGGCCUGCUUUAAGACACUGAGUGAGAGUUCUAGGGGUGCUUGCAUGUCUGACAAGUCUGAACAGUGGUCUCCUGGAUCCUUGAAAGAGCUGGAACAAGGCCAGAGAGGUGGCACUGGAAAGGGAAGGGAUGGAACAGAGCAGUGCUUUGAGGACAACAGCAGUGGACAGAGGAAUCAGGCGUCUAAAGAUCAGGUCAGGGUGGAAACACACACCCAGAAUCAGGACAGCUACCCUAUGCAGGUCAAUAGUCAUGACAGACAGGGGAUGGUAAGCCAGCAAACACAGGUGACAGGACAGGUAGAACAGACCCGGAGAAGAGAAGACCAGAGCUGGACCAGGGAGAGGAGGUCAGAGAGGCAGCCACAGACUAGCCAACAGACAGCAGAGGCCAUAGCUGGACCCACAACUCAGACCCAAGCAGAUGUCUUCCAGACACAGGGGUCCACCUGUGGCCAGGACAGAGGGACUAACAGCCAUAGCCAAGACAGGAGGCAGGAAGGGCAAGCUGCUACACAACACUACCAGGUACAGGCAGAGUCUCAUACUCAGAUACACACGCAGACAGUAGAACAGGGCUGGAGGCAGCGGACAGGAAGUGACAGCAUCCAGAAACAGGGAUCCAUCUAUGACCAAAACAGAGAGACUGACACUCACAGCCAAGACAGGAACCAGACAGGCCAGGCUGCUAAAGAACACCACCAGGCACAGUCAAAUACUCACACCCAGACGAUGGAACAAGGCAGGAGUCAGCAGGCAGAAAAUAGCAGCAUCCAGACACGUGGGUCCAUCUAUGACCAAAGCAGGACUGAGAUCCAUGGGCAAGACAGCAGUCAUGCAGGACAGAUAGGGACAGGACACUUCCAGACACAGACUUUGGAGCAUGAUAGGAGCCAGUCUGCAAGUCAGGUAGGGGCUCCAGAAAAGGGACAGACUCAGAUACAGUCAGGCAUGGGGCGAAGCUGUACACCAGCAAACAACUAUGAGACAGAAGAGCCAGUACUAGGAGGUCAGGUCCAGACUGAGACACGCACUAUGAAAGAAAGACAAGACUGGAGCAGUAAUCACCCAAGUCCAAAGCGAGGACAGGGAGAGAGGGUACCCACUGUGAUUAGAGAUGAGUGGGUCAAUGACCACACAAGGGAAAUAGUGAUUCGUAGCCAGGAUCCAGGUAGUCUGCACUCUCGUGCUCCCUCAGCUCAGGGCCAGGGUGCAGCACAGAUGGAGGAGAAGAAAGGAAUCACAGCCAAAGGGCAAUAUUCCUACUUGAAGACAGACCAGCAAUGACUUUCCAUGACUCCAGUGUCCAGUACCAAAAGACAACCGGACUCACUCCAUA